GUUUUCGCCGCGCGCGCAUCGAACCGUCCCCAAGUUUAGGUCCGUCGCUCCGGCUCUUUCUUAAUUCUUUUGCUCCAGCAGGAAUCUCCUCUCAGCCUGCCUGCCGGCAACUCCAUCCGUUCUGCGGUCGGCGCAGGCGAGAAUGCCGGCGGCAGAAUUGAUCGGCUUGGCAGCACUGGGAUGGGUGGCAUCUCCCGCCGUGGCGAAGCUGCUCAGCGAAGGCUUCACCAGCCUGGGCAUGAUGAUGAUCAACACGGAGAAAAGGCUGGCCAAGCUGGAGUCCACCAUAUUCCCGGUGUUCGAGGUCGUGCUCGACGCCGCGGAGCGGAGCCCGCACCGAUCCAAGGUCAUGAAGUGGCUGCGCAGACUCAAAUCCGCUUACCACGACGCCGAGGACGCGCUGGACCUCCUCGACUACCAACGCCUCAAGCGCAAGGCCGCCGCCGCAAGCAGCCGUCGAAGGCGAAGAAGCAUUAUUACUAUUGCUCGGGUGCGCUCGCUCUUCCGUCCUUUAUUGAGAGGCAGUCGGAAUGUGCUAUCAUCUCGAAAGAUUAAGCUGAUGCGCAGGCUGAGCAAGCUGGAAGCGAUCGCCGGCGAAGCCGAGAAGCUCCGCGAUCUGCUAGGCGUGCAGCCUGUUCAGACGGCAGCGCGCGACGGCCGGCAGACCAUCUCGCUGCCUCCGCGCGGGGUGUUCGGUCGCGACAGCGAUUGCGAAGCGAUCAUCCGGCUUUUGGAAACGAAGCACCGGCAGGAGGGCGUGCCUAUAAUCCCCAUCGUCGGUCGCCCGGGGGUCGGAAAGACUACCCUCGCGCAGUACGUCUGCGAGCGGCUGACGAGCGAAUUCGGUAACAAGCAUUUCGAUCUUGUCGUUUGGGUCUACGCAUCUCGGAAUUUCAAAGCGUCCGAAAUUAUGAAAAACAUCAUACAACAAGCCUCUGCCGCAAGUGAGCCUCAGAGUCCGGUUAAUCCGAACGAUCUGCCCGCGGUGAUCCGCGCCCAUCUUCGUAACCUCGACAUGAUGGCCGUGGACAACAUCGACAGCGAUGAAGUGCUGCAGCGAAAAAUGGACGAAAAGUUGAACUCGAAGAAGUUCCUGCUUGUGAUAGACGAUGUUUGGUGCGACGGAGAAGACCACGCGCAUAAUUGGGACACUCUGCUCAGAUGUUUGAGCAAAUGUUCGCCCGGGAGCAAGAUUUUAGUUACAUCUCAAACAAACGAUGCGCCGAGAAAGAUGGGCGCCGCUGCGGAGAACAUUUAUGUUCUCGGAGAGUUAGAGGAGGACGACUUUUUGGAUCUUUUCAUUCACCAUGCGUUGAACGGCGAGGGGAUCGAUCCUUGCGUGCGAGAAGAUUUGGAAAAGAUAGGCAAGACGAUCGCCAGGAGGUUGGAUAGAGAUCCUACGGCCGCGAAGAUAGUCGGCCUCUGCCUACAAGACAAGCUGCAGGUGAGAUAUUGGACAGAAACUGCAGAGAAGGACUGGUCCGACGACAAAACCAAAGCAUUGAUGUGGAGUUAUCAGCAUUUGCCCGCACAUCUGCAGCGCUGCUUCGCGUACUUAAACCUGUAUCCUAAAGGCUACAAGUUCAAAGAUUUAGAAGUCUUUCAGUUCUGGAUGGCGCAGGGUUUCAUCAAGCCGGCGGAGCAGGAUGCGAGGAUGGAGGAUGUGGGCAGCCGAUACCUGAAAGAGCUGGUCUCCAGAUUCUACGUUCAGUCUCACGGCAGCUACUAUACGUUGCACGAGUUACUCUAUGAUCUAGCCGAAAAGGUUACUUGCGACGAUUGUCUUAAAAUAGAAGGUAAUCAUCAAAAGAAGAUCCCCGCAACUAUACGCCAUCUGUGCGUACCGGCUAGCAAACUGAAAAUCAAUCAGGAGGAGAUUUGCAAACUAAAGAAACUGCGCACCCUGAUCGUCACAAGCGGAGAAGAAAGCAUCGCCUCAAAAGGAAAGGUUGCGACCGGCAUCUUCAAGAGCUUGAAAAGAUUGCGUGUGCUGGUUUUGGAGUUGAAUCUAGAAAAUUUGGCAGAAUUUAUUAGUGAACUGAAGCACCUUCGCAUCCUGCAAGUUCCAGAUAUUAGCAAGUUUGUGUUGCCAAAGUCGGCGUGCGCUCUUUACCAGUUGCAGGUGUUAAGGAUAAAAAGCGCGAGGUCGAUUCCUAAAUGCCUUGAUAACUUCGUCAGCUUGAGGUAUCUAGAGCCUCCCGACGUUCCCGAUAUCGGCAAGUUAACUUCCUUGCAAGGCCUAGAAAUAUUUCAGGUGAGAAAGGAAAAAGGAUACGAACUGGCGCAGUUGCAGAACUUGAAUGAACUUCGAGGACGCUUGCGCAUUGAUAGUCUUGAGAAUGUUGAGAGCAAGGAGAGCGCCAUUGCAGCCAAUUUGAAAGAAAAGAAGUAUCUUGAUAUGCUCCAGUUGGUAUGGCGCGACGGUGAGGAUAAUGUAAACUCUAAUUUGGAUGUCGAAAUCCUUGAAGGUCUCCAGUUGCCCCCCAAUCUUACCAGCCUGAUUUUAGAUGGGUAUCGGGGACGGUCGUGUCCGUCUUGGCCCGAACAUCAAACAUCCGAUAUUCAAGAACUCACGCUGGAGCGGUGUAGAAUGCUCGAAGAGCUCCCGCCGAUGGAACAGCUUUACCCUUCUUGCAGAUCACUUGAGCUUUGCAAUCUUUCUAAACUUAAAGCAUUACACACCCUUCCCCCGAGCCUUAGAAAACUCACAAUACUUAUUACUCCAGUCCUCACCUUUGUAACAAAGGAAGACCUGCAGAUGAGCCAAGAGCUGAAGGCAUCCAUAAAGCAGGUCAUGAGAAACAGGAUGCAGAAAUGGUUCCCACGCCAAAAUCAGGAGGACUUAGUCCCCAAGGGAAGAGAAAUGAGGGAUUUCUUAGUCACAAUGAAUGGCUCCGACAAUGACGCUAGCUCUCCAGGACAUACUAGUAUACCUGCCGACAUAGAUAGAUGGUUGCGAUUACAUGAGCAAAAAAUGGAAUUAAUUUACAGCAGACGAAAUGAGGCCAAACUGCUUCUGCCCUCUACCCUCACCGAGCUCUGGCUUGAGGAAUGCAGUAUUACUAACCGCGCAUUGUCGGCGUGCCUACAAAACCUCACCUCUCUUACCACGCUGUCGUUAGGGGAUAUCAGAACGAUAACCCGCCUACCAUCUGCGGACGUACUUGGCAAGUUAACAUCACUCCAGGCUAUAAUUCUACGGGGGUGCUGGGCCGUCACUUCGCUGGGUGGUAUCAGAUCCCUUCCCCAUCUCAAAGAACUCUACCUAUCCGGAUGCCCCUGCUUGGAUAGUAAAGAUGCUUUCCUGCCGCCCUCGUUGGAGUCUACUGACUUUCUUUGUUGUGCAAAUGUAGAUGACAUCUUAGCAAAUGCAGAUUUGCCACGUCUAUCUCGUCUUACGAUUACUCAGUGUCAUAUGCGAACGGCAUCGUUACAGUUCGGCAACCUCCCAUCUCUUCACUCCUUGCGUGUUGGGCAUUGUCCUGGCCUCUCAUUCUCAGUGGAUGUGCAGAAACUGCACUCUCUAGAGUUUCUCAUUCUGCAGAACUGCACAAAUCUACAGGCAGUGAUGAAUUUACCCAAGUCACUCCGAAGUUUAGUAAUACGCGGGUGUCCGAUUUUAGAGAAGCAAUCUGUAAAGAGCGAUUCAGGCGUACAUAUGCUUGGCGGCGUCCCUGUAGAGCAGUAGAAGACAGCUUCCCUACAUGUUUCUGGGAUGUAGAACAGACUUGCGUAUCGUAUCGCCUUCCGGUUCUUACGAAUUUGCUUGUCCAUUUAAGACAAAGCUUCCAAUCCCUGAUCUUCUUAUUCUUUUUUUCCUACUUAAAGUGCAAAUUUUAGUCACAGCCUCUUGACGAAUCAGCAAAGAUCAUGAAGCUCUUCAAACUUUUCUACAUUUUGCCUGUGUUUUUGAUAUUAGGUUUAAAAUGUUGAACUGUUUUUGUAAGCUACUCAUUUAAUUUUCUUCUUUGUUGGUUUCCAGUCAUUGCGUGUAUAAUUUGGUUCUAUGACUGGAGCUUUAGAUUGUUGGUGUUAUGAUGCAAUACCUACUGUUCUAUUCUAUAAUCGCUGUCCUUUUCGAAUCUUUAUGCUAAAUCAACAUAAUUCAGCUGAGUUA